AUGGAGACAUUACACUCUGUUCACCAGUCUUUCAACAAGGAAAUCCAAAAUCUUCAGAAAAUCCAGUAUGCGAUGGGAAAAGAUAUUGAAGAUAUAAAAGUUGAACAAGAAUCUUUGUCUGUCAGUUACAGAAUGACUUCCCAACAGGUAGAGGCUUUGGAAAACCAAGUUGCUAAACUUUCUAUUCAAAAUAAAGACGUUCGUUAUCUUUUUAUGUUGCCCGACAGCACAGAGUGGUUUUCAGAUCGAGAACUGGAACUAGAAAAUCUCCACAGUCUUCUUCGUGAUGCUAACGAACACGAAGUAAAAAUUGCAUCAGUGUGCGGGUUAGGAGGAAAUGGUAAGACGAGUCUUGAUGCGGAAUAUGCACAUAGAUGGAAAGAUUUUUAUGAUGGAGGAGUAUUCUGGUUCUCUGGUGAAGACGAAUUAAUGUUUGCUAACUCGGUAGAUGAUCUUGCGGUGUUUUUUGGAACAUUACUUGACACAUCACCUGAUAGAACUCUGGUUAAAACCCUAGAGGUAAUUUCCAAGAUUAAAAAACCCUGGCUAAUUGUUCUCGACGAUAUGGAUGAAUACAACCUAUGUUCUAAUAUUGGAAUGUUGCUGUCUGGCCCGUGGAAACGAAGAGUGAAAGGGUCUGGCCAUAUCCUGAUAACUACAAGACGAAAGCCAAAGAUAAUGACUGAAACUAUACGUGGGUUCAAAGAGUCACAGUGUCUUGUUCUUGAAUGUUUUAAUCUAGAAGAUGGAAAAGAAUUUGUUCUAAAAAGAACUGAGCUUAAUUGCAAUGAUGAAUAAUUCAAAACCCUUGGCGGACUACCGCUUGCCUUGGAACAAGCAUGUGCGUACAUCAGCCUUCUUUCCUGUAGCCUGUCCGAAUAUUUGGAACAGUACCAAAAGUACUCUCUUGAACUGUUAGGCGCGCAAGAUGCAAGCUCUGCUUCCCUGUAUCAGACGCGAGAACGAUUGGCAGUUCGCACAACGUGGCUAGUCAACUUUGAAUACAUCAAGAAAAGUAAGAAUGGCGACUAUGCUGUUAGAUUUUUACAUGCAUGUGCCUUUUUUAGUCCUACUGAAAUCCAGCAAGAGCUCAUUAAUCGCGGAAAACCUCCGAUUGGAGACGAUGCUUACCGAGAUUACGUUGACGCCCCACUAGGCUCAUCACAUAUAUUCAAGUUGCUUACUGAUUUUUCCUUAUUUAAGAAAAGUAAGCGUUCUUCUCUUGCUGUUCAUCGCCUGGUUCAAGAGGUUGUAAGAGAAAAUUUUAAAUCUGAUGACGAGAAGGUCUUGUCCUUGAUAGAUGCAAUAAGUAUGUUGUCGUUUGCUUUUUCAAAGUGCCCCUCGCCCGACGAUUUAUUAUCCGGUGAUAUUGCCAAACAUCAAGAUAGAAUUUCCAAUAUUGUAAUCAAUCCAUCUCUUUUCUACCCUUGGCGAAAGUUCUGUCUGCACGCACAAGAGAUACUGUCCAUUAUAAAUUCAUUCCAUCUUUUAGACGAAAGAAUCCUCAUUCCAGAAACUGCUAAAAUAGUUUAUGAUUGUGCUCUUGAUUUUAAUAUUAGUAACAAACAUGUUGAGGCCAGACACUCUGUCAAUUUUGCACAUAAAAUCAUUAGUUUACGCAGGGUAUGUUUAACAAAAGUCGACCAGAAAACCUUGUUUCCGCAUGAAUUGCCUCUGCCUGAAUCAGUUCGUCGGUAUAUUUUCUAUUCCUACACAACACCUGCUGAUUCAUGCACGUCUGAUAAGAAUGCGAGAACUAGACCUGAAGCUAAAAUGAAGCAAUUGCAUGCUCAAGGGAAUAUCUAUUUCAACAGCGGUAAUGUUCACAAAGCGAUCGAGUUUUGUUCUUCUGCAAUGGCAGUAGCAAGUUCGUUUGAUCUCAAAAUUCUUUGUGACAGAGCACUGGCUUACAUAAAUUUGCACCAAUAUAGGGAUGCUCUCGCUGAUUCAGAAAAAUAUCUUUUACAGCGGCCAGUGUGUUGGUUAGGUUAUGCCAUGAAAGCACUAGCCUUGCAUGGGUUAAAUAUGAUUUGGGAUGCAAGUAGGUUUGCCGCUCUUGCAUUUUGUCAUAAUCAAAAUGUAUUUCGCGACUAUCAACCUUUUAUAGAAACGUUUUCUGCAUUGGAGAGACGAAUAUAUAUUUGUAACUGCUCCACUCUUCUUACCUAUUUUCUCUUUAAGCCUGUUUCUGAUUCUCAAGCUGCUUCUGAAAUUCCUGGUAAGAUAAUUGAGAUAGAGCCUGGCGAUUAUAAUGUGAAUGUAGAUCAUUACCCUAUGACCUCACCUUUUUUCAUAAUAAGAUUGCCCUACUUUGCAUUGUCAAUUGACGAUUGCAUUUUUCUCGGGGUUGACAACUCGAAGUCAAGUGUAGUAGUACGCUUUAAUGAAUUAGUUUGUAUUUGUGGACGACAGGUUAUGGCUGCAAAUGUAUCCUUUGUCUUCACUUUGGGAAACUGGGAAAACCAGCCACGCUCGAUUACAACUUGGUUAAAUUGUGCUUUUACUAGUAGCUUAGAAGAGAGCCAAGACACAUUUCUUUCCUGGGGCACUGACACAUUUAGAAAUUGUUCCUUCGAAAAUUCCCAAAGCCCUGGUUUGACCGUGAUUGCUGGUACAGCCGACGUUGAGAAGUGUGUGUUCUCAGGCGGUGAGUACUCUGGGGUCCAUGUGUCUACAUGUGGAAUUUUAGAGAUAAAAGAAAGUAAACUUCACGGUAAUGAGACCGGAAUUUACAUUACGAAUGCUCCCACAGCUUGUAACAUUACAAAUUGUGAAAUAUUUGAUAACAAAUGGAAUGGUAUUUGUGUAACAGAAUAUACUUCAAACGUAAGAGUGGAAAAUUGCCGCAUCUACCACAGUGACCGUCAUGGUAUUUUAGUUGAUAAAUCUUCUUCCGUUUCUGCUUCAAACAAUAAGGUCUUUGAGAAUGGUUGGCUGGGUAUUGCUACUAUUACUAACGGCCGAUGCACUCUUUCUAACAAUAAGAUAUAUGGUAAUAAGUCUGGGGGUGUUCAAGUGGUCCCGGUAGGCCCAAAUAAAGGGAUGCCAUCAAUUGUUGAAUUUAACGAGAUAUUUGACAAUCGUGGACAUGGAAUUUAUUGCGAAAUGAUGGUUGAAGACACACCACGGGAUACAAUGGUGUCUGUCAGUGAAGGUGCAUUUGAACAGUCGAUGUAUUACAAUCGAAAUCCGAAGCAGUUCCAGAAAGCAAAGUGUAGAGAGAACAUUUGUUACAAUAACGACUCCACAUUCUCUUCAACAGCACCAAUUGAAAGCAGAAUUGACGCUGACUUUUGUUUCUAUUGUCGUAAGAAAUGCUCUAAA